AUGGACGUUGAAAACAACUCGGACAAUGACGAUGAGGAUAUCGGUGAACUCCGUGAAGGCUUGGUGGCCAUCAAACUCUCGAAAGACACCAAGAAACGCUUGCGAGAGCGUUGGUGUAAGGCAGUCAUUGUAAAGUUGGUGGGACGUUCGGUGAGUUUCUCCUACAUGCAGAGCAAACUGAAUCAAAUCUGGAAACCUGAGGGUAGAAUGGACGUAGUUGAUCUCAGCUAUGGUUUUUUCCUGGUUCGGUUCUUCUCCAAGGAAGAUUUAAGUUCUGUUCUAAGUCGGGGACCUUGGUUUUUGGGGGACCAUUUCCUAUCCAUAAGGCCAUGGGAGCCGUUUUUCAAGCCUUCUUCAGCUAACGUCUCGCUGGUUGCUGUGUGGGUUCGUCUCUAUCAGCUUCCCUUCGAACUGUACGAGGCAGAGGUCCUGAGAGAGAUCGGUGAAUCCAUAGGUAAGGUGUUAAGGAUAGAUACGCAUACUGCCAUGGAAGCAAGGGGCAAGUAUGCGAGAUUGUGCAUUCAAAUAGAUAUCAAUAAGCCUCUAAUCAACACCAUCCUCAUUGGACGAUUCGAGCAGGCCGUGAAUUAUGAAGGCAUUCAGAGACUCUGUUUUUCUUGUGGGAGAUUGGGUCAUUUGAAGGAAGCAUGCCCUUACACCGUUAGUAAGAGCAAGGAGUCGGUGAACACGGCGGAGGCAGCUCCGGAAGAGAACGCUGGGACAUGCAAAGGGCGUGAGGAAAAUCGUACUGAGUCGGUCAGUACUAUGCCUGCAAAAAUCCACGUCGGGUACGAGUGUAGUGGAGGACGCCUCAUGUCAGUAUGGCCCCUGGAUGAUUGUUACAAGGAAAAAAGGGAGUUACAAGGGAAAAGGCCAAAAUCCUAG